AUGGAACAUCGAGCUUUGUGGGCUUUGAAGUUCUUAAAUUUUGAUCCAUUUGACACUCAUGAUAGGAGAAGAAGGCAAAUCCUUGAGCUUGAAGAGAUGUGGUUGCAUGCUUAUGAUUCCUCUAGGAAAUACAAAGAAAAGUUGAAGUCUAAGUGGUCUGGUCCAUUUAUAGUUAAGAAUGUUCAUCCACAUGGAGCAAUUGAGUUGACAAAUCUGUCUGCUGAAGAUCCAAAAAGAAGUUGGGUGGUAAAUGGGCAACGUCUCAAGCAUUAUUUUGGUGGUGAGGUUGAACGCCUUACUACAGUCAUGGAGUUGGUUGAUCUUUGA